CAGCUGCCUUCGUGUGGAGUGCAAAACAGACCCUCAGAGUCAGAGUGUGAGGGAGAGAGAGCGAGACGGAGAGAGGGACGGAGAGAGGGAGAAGAGUCAGAGAGGGGUGACCCAUGGGGUGUGCCCUCAGCGCGGGGCGCAGCGGGGCCGAACGGGGUCCCGCACCCGCAGAGAAGUCGCCGAAAAUGGUCUGCGCCGAGAGGAAGCAGGAGAAGCUCCGGACGAGCAAGGUAGGGAAGGAGGAGGCCCAUGCCUUCCGGGAGAAGAUCUUCAGGAAGAAGCGUCAGUGUGGAGUCUGCGGUCAGAACAUUGACAGCUUGGGCUCCUUCUGUCGAGUGUGUAAGAUGGCAACCCACAAGAAAUGUGAAAUCAAGGUGACGACUGCAUGCAUCCCUGCUCCCCUCUCUGACCUGCAGCGGAGAAGCACAGAUCCCUCCAGAUACAUCCAGCAUCCGGGAUCCACCAGGUCUCUGCCAUACGCCAAACAAAGGAACACCUUGCCCAGGAGUUUCAGCUUGGAUCGGGUGAUGGAGAGGGUGAUGGAGAGGAGCUACGACUUUGACCUGACCUACAUCACCGAGAGGAUCAUCUCCGUCUUCUUCCCCCCGCUGCUCGAGGAGCAGCGUUACCGCGCCAACCUGCAGGAAGUGGCUUCCAUGCUCAAGUCCAAACACCAAGGCAACUUCCUGCUGUUCAACCUGUCUGAGAAGAGGCAUGACAUCGCCCGGAUCAGUCCUAAGGUCCAGGAUUUUGGCUGGCCCGACCUUCACGCCCCACCCUUGGACAAAAUCUGUGCCAUGUGCAAGGCCAUGGAGGGGUGGAUGACCUCUGACCUCCAGCAUGUGGUCGUCCUGCUCUGCAAGGGGAAUAAAGGCAAGACGGGAGUCAUCGUGGCUGCCUACAUGCACUACAGCAAGAUAUCUGCAGGGGCUGACCAGGCACUCAGUACGCUGGCGAUGAGGAAGUUUUGUGAGGACAAGGUGUCCACGUCCCUCCAGCCCUCCCAGAACAGGUACAUCUACUACUUCGCCGGGCUCCUCUCCGGGGGCAUAAAGAUGAACAGCAGCCCCCUCUUCCUGCACCAAGUGCUCAUCCCCUCUCUGCCCUCCUUUCACACUGAGGGAGGAUAUUUCCCCUUCCUGAAGAUCUACCAGUCUAUGCAGCUGGUCUACACCUCUGGAGUUUAUGACCUGCAGGGUUCCGGAGGCAGGAGGAUCUGCAUUACAGUGGAACCCGCGCUGCUGCUCAAGGGUGAUAUCAUGGUGAAGUGCUAUCAUCGCCAAGCUCACGUGGCGGAGCGGGAGACGGUGUUCCGGCUGCAGUUCCACACCUGCACCGUCCACGGUGCCCAGCUGUGGUUCGGGAAGGAGGAGCUGGACGUGGCGUGCUCUGAUGAUCGAUUCGCUUCUGACGCCACGGUGGAAUUUGUGUUCUCCUCCGGACCAGAGAAAAUGAAAGGAUGGGAGUGUCAGAGGAACCACCCCGCAGUCACGGUGGACUACAACACCGCGGACCCCGUGGUGCGCUGGGACUCCUACGAGAACUUCAACCUGCGGCACCAGGACAGUCUGGAAGAUAUCGCCCACACGCGCGGGCCCCUGGACGGCAGCCUGUACGCCCAGGUGAAGAAGAGACGCGGACCGGGCUCAGGCGGCACCCCCACCUACAACGGCCGCUCCGCAGACUCCCCCAUCGAGCCCCUGUCCCCCGGCCACGCCCCCGGCCACACCCCCGGCCGCGCCCCCGCCGAGCUCCCGGAGGACGUCCGGUGCCUGCCGCCCCCCACCUGGCAGGAGAGGGAGGAGCUGGACCGCCUCCUGGGCGGGAUUGAGGGCAGGAGGGCGAGAGGCGGGGAGAGGGAGAGGGAGACGGCCAUCUUGGAUGAGGGGGACGCCGCGCCCUCGCUCGUGCGGUCCUGCUCCUGCCGGCACGGUGCGGAGAGUCCCGUCUUCCAGCCCAACGGGUACUGCCCGAACAGCGCCGACGGGCGCCCCGCCCACCCCGGGCCUUCCUCUGCCCCUCCCACUCCCCUCCUGGAGCCGUUCCAGCACCACCACGCCCACCAUCGCCUGGCCCCGCCCCCGCCGGACGUCCUGUGGGAGCGUCAGCAGCAAGCCCCGCCUACCCGGCUGCAGCGCUCCUGCUCCGAGGGGCCGUCCCACCACCUGUGCCCUUACCCGCCCCAGGACCUGCCCCUUCCCCCCCACAUCCACACCCUCCCGUCCCCCAGGCUGCUCUACAAGGGGGACGACUUCGCGCCCCUCCACCCUCACUACCCCCACCCGCGUCGCUCCCAGCCCUCCAGCCCUUACCGCGAAAUGCUGCUGCUCGACGCUCCGCCGCCCCCUGGCUGCCCGUGCCGGGACUGCAGUUGCCGGCGGGAGGAGUCGGCUGUCGCCGUCAAAGCCCUCCACGCCCUGCGUCUGGACCAGGGGGAGGGGUCACACUGGGGGAGGGAGGCGGAGCUGAGGCGCUGCAGGGAUUCGGACCUGCACUGGGACAGGGAGGCGGAGCUACACCGGGAGGCGGGGCUGAGGCGGGGCAGGGAGAUGGCGCUGCAGUGGGAGAGGGACAGGGAGGCCGAGAUGCACUGGGAGCGGGAGAGGGAGGCGGAGCUUUGGCACCGGAGGUCCGCGGCGGCCCCGUACGGCCGCCACGGCAACGAUCUGGUGCAUUUCGCCUUUGACCCCUUGCCCUCCGGUCACCCUGCGUACUCCGACCCCUCCCACACGCACUUGUACACCCACCCCCACACGCACAUGGACCUGAAAUACAGCAGCGGGAGCAGCGGGUACCACACCCCCGCUGCCCUCUACCCCUGCGCCCCCUACCAGCCCUCCCCCUCCGAAAGCCGGGGGUACGCCUCGGGGUACCAGUCGGAGUCCGCCUCCCCGCUGCCGCCCCACGGGCACAGCUCCACCACCUCCCUUCAGGACUCCGCCCCACCCGAUGACCCGCGCGGUUCCUCUGGAGGCCCCAAAUCCCAGGGCUGCCCGUCCGACUGCCAGACCGGAGGCUCUGAAGACGUGACGGACAGCAUGGCUUGGCAAGACAGCAUUUCCCAGAGUUCACUGAGGCAAGAUGUGAGGGUCACGCCCUCCGACCUCUCAGGGCCGCCCACCCCUGUUGACACCAGCAGUCCCCUGCUCACUCAGGAAAGCUCCAGCUCAGGGGACACAGAGGUGUGUGUGAGAGGUGUUAAUGCCGUCCCUGGCAGUGACCCCCCUGUGGGCCCCCAGGACCCUGACAGCCCGUGCCCAGCGCCCCAGGGGGAUCAGUCUGAUGGGAAAGACCCCGCCCACCCGGACUCUCUCACCCCGCCCACACCGCAAGCCGCCCCAGACCGUGCAGCGGGUGAACACGGACAGCCGCCAGCUGCUGCGGCCACGCCCGAGCCCACAGAGAGCCCUAAAGGGUCCGUCCUCUCCCAGACAGACCCAAAAAGCGCCCCGCCCCUCGACCCCGACCCCCUUCCCGUCUCUCCGGGGCCCGGUUCAACGCUGAACGCCUCUACCCCUCCCACGGAGAGAAGUCUUGAGUCCCUCAAUGCAGGCUCCACCCCUAGUCCAAGCCCCGCCCCCAGCUCGACCCCUUCCACCCCCCAGCCUCCCCCUGCCAGCCCGGAGCGCCCCCCCUCCUCUGAGCCUCCUGCGCCUGGCUUUGCCACGGUCGGGCGGAGACUGGGGGCGGAGCACCUGCAGCCUUACCCCGGUGUCCAUGGCAACGGCGGGAAUCUCAAACCCCCGUCCCCCGUCCCAGAGGGCCACUCCACCCCAACCUUCCCCCUGUCCUCAAACUACUACCUGCUGAAUGCCCCGCCCGUCCCCUACACGGGGUACAUAGCCGUCACCAUCCCCACGUGCCCCGCCCAGCCCCCGCUCCCCGAAAAACGCCGCUCCUCCGCCCCGCACGGGCCCGCGGUUGGGCGGGGCUCCGCCCUGAGGGGGUCCUCCUUCCUACACCUGCCUGCCAAACCCCCAGGCCACUCCGCGACCCACCACGUCAGCUUCUGCGCCCCAGUGGGGGAGGCGGCGCCCCAAAUCGGGCCGGUCGAGCGGCCCCAGGGACCGGUCGAGGAGGCGGAGCCCCGGGUCAGCGCCAAGUUUGUCCAGGACAGUUCACGGUUCUGGUACAAGCCCACCAUCUCCAGAGACCAAGCCAUCGCUGUGCUGAAGGACAGGGAACCGGGAGCUUUCCUGAUCCGGGACAGUAACUCCUUCCACGGGGCGUAUGGCCUGGCACUGAAGGUGGCCACGCCCCCUGCCAGCAGCAGCAGAGCUGCAGGUGACCCCCAGGAGCAGCUUGUCCGCCACUUCCUGAUAGAGAGAGGUCCCCGGGGUGUGAAGAUCAAGGGCUGUCAGAAUGAGCCCUAUUUUGGGAGCCUGUCGGCCCUCGUGUACCAGCACUCCAUCACCCACAUCUCCCUGCCCUGCGUCCUGCUCAUCCCGGACAAAGACCCUGUCGGAGAGCUCCAGGAAAGCCAGACUGCUGGAAACAGCACCAGCACGGCGGCAGAUCUGCUCAGACAGGGCGCAGCCUGCAACGUCCUGUACCUGAACUCUGUGGAAACGGAGUCUCUUACGGGACCCCAGGCGGUCUCCAAGGCCACAAACACCACGCUGUCCAGAAGCCCCCGCCCCCCUGCCACUGUGGUGCACUUCAAGGUGUCCGCCCAGGGCGUCACGCUCACGGACAACCAGCGCAGGGUGUUCUUCAGAAGACACUACCCUGUCAACACUGUAACCUACUGCAGCGUUGACCCGCAGGACAGGAGGUGGACUAACUCUGACAGCACGACCUCCAACAGGAUGUUCGGCUUUGUGGCGAAGAAGCCAGGCAGUGUGUCGGAGAACGUGUGUCACCUGUUCGCCGAGCUGGACCCCGAGCAGCCCGCUACCGCCAUCGUUAACUUCAUCAACAAGGUGAUGCUGGGGCCGUCCCGAAAAUGAGGGGCCCCAGGCCCUCAGAGCUUCAGGAAGUUAUGCUGUGGACUGUACUGUGUGUUUGAAAAAAAUAAGCUUUCGGUGCCUUACAUAAGGAUGAAGCAAUCAUAGCAAUCAUGAAAUGCAAGGUUGUCAUGAAGAUUUUACUAUUGCUGUCUUUUUUUUUUUUUUCCCUGCACCAAAUCUCUUGGGCUGCAGUCACUGCUUUUUCAGUUUCUUUUAUGUUUAUGUUGAGGUGCAAAACAGAAAUCAAAGGUAGGCCAACUUGUAAAAGCUGUGGAUGUGUUGUGGGUUCAAAAUGGGUGGGUUAGGGUGAAAGGACAAUGUAGGCAGUCGUGUGCUUUAACACCCAUAGUUACACACCCAACAGAGUGGACACCCAGCACAGUAAUCGCAGCUACACCUUAUCACCACAGACGUCCGUGGAACGACUGACAUAGUGGAAACAACAGCUUUCAUUCAUAAAUCAGCCUUUUCACCUUUUCGUUACGCCAAUGCUGUUUGAACUCCACAAACUUUCUUUUCUGCAAACCCUCCCUGGAAGCGGCUGAUGCACGCAUCUGUUCCCUUUACGAACAAACACACUCAGCACAAUUUCUGUUUUUGGAUAUACACUCCAACACUACUGCAGCACUGCUAACUCAUUGGGUUGGCCAGCUCUCCAGCUGGGGUGGUGACAUGGCAGUUUUCCAAAAGGGUGAGUGUAUGUGAAUAACGGUUGUGAGCACGUAAACUUUGUAGAGGUGGUAUAUGGAGGAGGGGGGGGGAUAAGGGAGGCAGAUACAUUUCAGACAGAAGAGAGUUUACUGGCGCCAGCCAAGUGGUCUGAAGGCAAAGGCAAGUGGCAGCACAGCUGGAGGUGGGUACGAUUUGGAACAGGUGCCUUUUACAGAAUUUUAUCUACGGUCCCUAACUACUGACCCUGCGUGCCAAUAUUUUGGAAAUAAGUAAACUGGGGAAUGGGAAGAGGGAACUGGAAAUGAGUUCAUUUUCAGGGACAGGACACACAUUGACCAGCUGCAAAGAUUCGCUUGUAGCGACCUCACUUCACCUGCUCAAUAUUCACACUGUAAAGAGAAUAAUGAAAAUACAGUAACAGUAAAGGUGAAACUGCCAGUACUGAAGAUGUAUCCAGCCCUAGUCUGCAGUCAGGUAGUUGGUUUGUAUCAGAAAACAGUUGAGGGCUGCUGUGUGGCUCAUUUUGUUAAGGCAGUGUUCUAGGGCAUGGGUGGGCCGCACGGCCUGGCUGAAAAUUCAGACCGUAUCGGAGCUCUAGCAUCUCCCAGGGAUGAUUGCCUCUCUUCACGUACUGACGACCCCUGCUGGUGGGUUGAGGUCCUGCAAGCCCCAAAGCUGCAGGUGUAUUCCUACAACUUGUAUUUGCAAACUAUGUAGAACUGCAGUGUGAUAAGCAGGGGGACACCUUUCACUUCAGAGCACAUGCUUUUCUGCAAUCCCCCAAAUUGACAGGUCCUGGAAAUGAGUGCUUAUUCCAUUCGGCAUUCCAAAUUGGGAGAGGAAAAGUUUGCUAAGUCAACUCUAUUUUAUCCCAUGCCCGGCAGAGGACCUUCAGCUGUUUCAGAGGGAAGAGCCUUUAUCCGCAAAGAACUGUAAACACUCAGGCCUGUAUUCACAAAGCGCCUGUGGGCUGGAGCACUGAUCUCGGAUCAGCCUUCCCAUUUCCACAUCCAACCCUUAAUCCAUUUGAGCUAAAACGCUACGCUGAUCUCAGAUCAGGGCUCCAACUCUGAGACGCUUUGUGAAUGUGGGCCCCAGACUUACCUUUAAGGUGAAAUUAAGUACAAUUCUACCUUGCAUAAAACCACAGCUGCCAAAGCUUCUACAGUAUGUGGCCAAAGACAGUGCGUAGUACACAACUUUUUAUAUUAUGAAAUCUAUAAUAAUCACGUUUUAUUGAAAGUUUCAUGUAUUUCUAUUUAGUGUUGUUUUGUCUUUUUAUAAGAUGAACAAAGACACCAAGUUGACAAAGUCAAUGAGUUUUAAUAUAUUGUGUUGGUUUUUUUUUUUUUUUUCUAUGAGUCUUUGUAUGUAGUAAUAUAUUUUCUCACUUGGAUAUUAAAAGAAAGGAAUUAUUACCCUAUUUUUAAUGAUGUGAAUGUAUGGAAAGAGAAAAUAUAAAUUAAAAUGUAAAGUUGUGCGACUGAGA